CUGCUGUCUGGCACCCCCGUCGUGUCCAGCGUCUUCUGUAUGAGAAAAUCAAUAUUGAAAGAAAAAUUCAAAGGUUGUGACAGCAGGAAUGUACACAUGCUGUAUGGCAGCAUCAUCCACAGUGUCUUCCAACAGAUAUUGAGGAAGCAGCUUCUAUCGUCACAGGCCAGCAAUCUCCUUGAAAUGUACGCAAACGAGACUUCAGAGGUGAAGGUUCUGGAGGAAGUGAAGUCAUACAUACCUCAGAUGAUAACCUGGCUCACUCAGUACACCUCCUUCAAGGAUAACAGAGUCUCAUCCAGUAGUGAUAUCCAGGUGACCAAAGUGUGUGAUAUUGAAGAGAACAUAUGGUCCCCAAGGUUUGGUAUCAAGGGGAAAAUUGAUCUCACAGUGGAAGCUAAAUACAGUAGAGUGACACUACCACUGGAGCUGAAGACUGGCAAGACCAUCUUCUCUGUAGAACACAAGGGGCAGGUAUCCCUCUACUCAAUGAUGUAUGGGGACAGAAGAAAGGACCCCAAGAAGGGGCUGCUCCUGUACCUCAAGGAGCCCAGUAUGAAGGUGAUCCCAGCAGAGCACAUCCACCAGAAAGGUUUGAUACAAAUGAGGAAUGAGAUGGCCUACUACAUCUCCCGCCAAGUUGUGAAGACAGCAGACGACACAGGCAUGACCUUCAACCUUGGCAGGCUGCCAGAACCCAUCUCCAACACACGGGCGUGCCAGAAGUGUCCACAACUCAUCAACUGUGCAAUAUAUCAGAGGGAGGUAGAGAGUAGACCACUGACCGGCGGUGCCAUGGCUGGACUGGUCAAUGAGAGCCUGGGUCACCUGACCCCUGAUCACAUGAUGUACUUCGUCCAAUGGUGUCUCAUGUUAGAUCUUGAGACACAGACCGACCAAUCAAAGAAGACCGUAGCAAACAUCUGGUGCAAAAGCUCUGUGGAUAGACAGGCCAGUCUAUUCAGUGUGGGUCUUGAUUUCAGACAGGUCAGUCUAUCCAGUGUGGGUAUCUGUGCCUAUAUUUCAGACAGACAGGCCAGUCUAUCCAGUGUGGGUAUCUGUGCCUAUAUUUCAGACAGACAGGCCAGUCUAUCCAGUGUGGGUAUCUGUGCCUAUAUUUCAGACAGACAGGCCAGUCUAUCCAGUGUGGGUCUUGAUUUCAGACAGGCCAGUCUAUCCAGUGUGGGUCUUGAUUUCAGACAGGCCAGUCUAUCCAGUGUGGGUAUCUGUGCCUAUAUUUCAGACAGGCCAGUCUAUCCAGUACAGGCCAGUCUAUCCAGUGUGGGUCUUGAUUUCAGACAGGCCAGUCUAUCCAGUGUGGGUCUUGAUUUCAGACAGGCCAGUCUAUCCAGUGUGGGUAUCUGUGCCUAUAUUUCAGACAGGCCAGUCUAUCCAGUACAGGCCAGUCUAUCCAGUGUGGGUAUCUGUGCCCAUGACAGUGUGGUGGUCAGCAGAGAGAGCCCGGCCUGGGUGGCGGUCUGCACAGGCUUCGUGCACGAGAUCACCCCGCUUACCAUCACCAUACUCACUGAGAGAGAGGGUAUAGAGCGGCUGCACAGUCUAAGCGAUGUGUUAUGGCGGAUUGACAAGUGUGACAACUUCAGUACGGCUGGUAUCCUGUACACCAGCGUGUCCAGGCUUAUGUUGGAUACACCACAGAGUAACAAGUUACGCAGACUGAUCAUAGACAAGGUUAAGCCUGAAUUCGUCAACACUCUGUCAAAGGGAAACAUUGAAAAAGUGAAGGCCAUAUUCAAAAGUCUGAACCAGCCACAGAAAACAGCCAUUUUAAAGGUUCUGAUGAGUAAAGAUUAUGUGCUCAUCAAGGGAUACCCUGGCACUGGAAAGACGUCCACCAUCGUUGCAAUGGUGAAGGUGCUGCAUGCCCUGGGUCUCUCUGUUCUUCUCACCAGCUACACACACUCUGCCGUUGACAACAUCCUGCUCAAACUCAAACAGGACAGCAUGAGUUUUCUGCGUGUUGGCCGCGUGUCCAAGGUGCACCCAGAAAUCCGGCCUUUCUCAGUGGACAGUCUGACUGCAGGGUUCACCACUGUGGACCAGCUGGAGGCAUUUUAUAUGAAACAGAAAAUAGUUGCGAGCAGCUGCCUUGGCCUGAACCAUGCCUUGUUCACACGGCGCCAGUUUGACGUCUGCAUUGUAGACGAGGCCUCUCAGGUUGUACAGCCUGCGUGUCUCGCCCCGCUGUUCAUCGCAGACCGGUUUGUACUGGUGGGGGAUCCCAAGCAGCUGCCCCCAGUAGUGCAGAGCAAGGAGGCCAGGGAGCUGGGUAUGGAUGAAAGCCUUUUCUUGCACCUCGAUGGUCAGCAGGCCACGUUUGAGCUUCACCUGCAGUACCGCAUGAACAGAGAGAUAUUGAAGCUGAGCAACAGUCUGGUGUACGAGGGUCGUCUACAGUGUGGGAGUGAGGCAGUGGCUACCCAGACCCUCGCUAUACCCCACCCACACAUGGCCUGUCAGGUGAUAGCAGGGUCUGCCUGGAUGCGGCAAGUGCUUGAUAUACAGUUGACAAGUUCUGUUGUGUUCUUAAACACUGAAAAACUGAGUGCAUCGCACAGUAAAGUCCAGGGAGGUGGAUUUAGAAAUGAGACAGAAGCCAUCAUUGUGAACCAUGUCAUCAAAGGAUUUGCACAUGUGGGCAUUUCAGGCAGUGAGAUUGGAGUGAUUGCCCCUUACAGAGGUCAGGUCCUUCACCUGAGGGAGAAGCUAGGUCAGGGUCACCAUCAGGGGUCAAGUGUAGAGGUGAACACAGUAGACCAGUACCAGGGCAGGGAUAAGGACAUCAUUAUCAUAUCGUUUGUCAUGAGCUCAAGUUGUGAAAAGGAAAAGCCUGGAGAACUCCUGAAGGACGCGCGUCGCCUCAAUGUGGCUGUGACGCGUGCCCGCUACAAGCUGAUCCUGGUAGGGAACGUGUCCACGCUUAGGCAGUAUGGGCCCCUGGAUCAUCUCCUCAACAUCCUGGCCACUGACCAGCAGAUUGUCACAAUAGAGAGGAUAUCCAGUUAGCCUAUCACAGUUCUCCAGUUUGCGUCAGAUGAAACUCAACCUGUUUGGACAAUGCAGCACUAAGCAGUGACAAGAUUUUUGUGAUGUAUAUACCUAGUGCUAUUUUUUUGUCAGGAAAUGAACUUUUGAAGAAAAUAUUUUGAAAAGAGAUUAUAUUGCUGGCCUACUUUUUCUGAAGAUAAAUUUGGAUUUUUUUAAAUAAUAGAUUCUCUGCAAUGAUUUUGAGUCAGAUAUAUCCCCAUGUGUGUGGUUUGUGCCAUUCAACCCAUAACAAAUUGGGUGUGAAAUUAUUUAUCAAAUGUAGAAAUGUUGAAGCAGGUAAAACUAUUUUAUAUGGCGCAUUUUAUGCAUACAGCAACCAAUGCAAUACAUGUUUGCAAAAUAAUUAUAAAAAACUUUUCUGGGCAUGUUUAUUCGAAAUUGCAUGCUGGACAUUGUUAAUAGAAAUGUGUCGUUAAUUUUGUACUGUAAUAAUACUUAUUAUUAAGAUCUCAGUUAUUUUAUAAAUUCAUGAAUUUAUUCAUGAAUGAGUUUGUCGAAAAAUAAGUGUAUAUAGUUUAUCAUGUUGUGUUCAUUAAGUAGUGGUUAUUGUGAUUAUUUUGUUCUAAUGGAAUGUAAAUUUGUAUAGGUGCAUGUUUUCUGUAAGCUUUCUGUACAUAAAUAUUUAUUAAUAUUAUCAGUAAUAUCUCCACAUGGAUUAUUUGUAUACUUAAGUACAUGAAUACUAUAACAAAAACUGUAAAUUAUACAAUUGUCAAUACA